GUCGCCCCUUCUCCGCCCUCCCCGGCCGCUCCAAGAGCCCAAUCAGCGUCGGCGGCGGCCGCGGGGACUCCUCCCCUCGAGAGCCCGCCUCCGCCCCCGCCCGAGGCCCCGGAAGGUGCGGAGCUCUCGCGGCUGCGGACUCGGGUUGCCGAGGCCGGCUGUCUAUCGGAGGCCGCCUCCUUCUCCCGGAAACACCGGGCGGGGGGAUUCCACACCCCGGGCCGGCCGGGGGAGGAGGAGGAGGAGGAGGCGGAGGCUGGGGCGGGGGCGGGGGCUGCUGCUGCUGCCCUGGGCGGGGCGGACACGGCUCCUGGCUGGGUGUGCGUGGGGAGUCGCCGAGCGUCCCGCGGCCGCCCCGGAGAGCCCGGAAGGAGCCGUCGCCGCUGCCGCCGCCUCUGCCAACCUAGGAGGAGGAGGAAGAAGAGAAGGAGGCGCUGCUGCUCGGGCCGUCCCAGCUGUUGCCAGACCGUCGUGCAUGGAGACUGCGCGGCCCGCGCCGCGCCGCUGAUCCCCGAGCCCCCGCCGCCCUGGUCGGGACGAGCGUGGGGGUGCCGUGCUGGCCAGGCCGCCGCUGCCGCGCGCCGGCACCGCUCCUCUUCCGAUCCGUCUGCCACCGCUGCCGCCGCGGGGAAGGGGCCCGGCCCGGCCUGGCCCGUCCGUAGCGGCGGCGCAGCCAUGGCUCACUCGCCCGUGCAGCCGGGCCUGCCCGGGAUGCAGAAUCUAAAAGCAGAUCCUGAAGAGCUUUUUACAAAACUUGAAAAAAUUGGAAAAGGUUCCUUUGGUGAGGUGUUUAAAGGCAUUGACAAUCGGACUCAGAAAGUAGUUGCCAUAAAAAUCAUUGAUUUGGAAGAAGCAGAAGAUGAAAUUGAAGACAUUCAGCAAGAAAUCACAGUGCUGAGCCAGUGUGACAGUCCAUAUGUCACCAAGUAUUAUGGAUCUUAUCUCAAGGAUACCAAAUUGUGGAUAAUAAUGGAAUAUCUUGGUGGAGGUUCUGCAUUAGAUCUAUUAGAACCUGGCGCUCUAGAUGAAACUCAGAUUGCUACCAUUUUAAGAGAAAUCCUGAAGGGACUUGAUUAUUUGCAUUCAGAAAAGAAAAUUCACCGAGAUAUCAAAGCUGCAAAUGUUCUGCUGUCUGAACAAGGGGAAGUAAAACUUGCAGAUUUUGGAGUAGCUGGGCAGCUGACAGAUACCCAAAUAAAAAGAAACACCUUUGUAGGCACCCCAUUCUGGAUGGCACCAGAAGUCAUCAAGCAGUCUGCUUAUGAUUCAAAGGCAGAUAUCUGGUCCCUGGGCAUAACGGCGAUAGAGCUGGCUAAAGGAGAACCUCCCCAUUCAGAGCUGCACCCAAUGAAGGUAUUAUUCCUCAUUCCAAAAAAUAAUCCACCGACGUUGGAAGGAAACUACAGCAAACCCCUCAAAGAGUUUGUGGAGGCCUGUCUGAACAAAGAACCAAGCUUUAGACCUACAGCAAAGGAGUUGUUGAAACACAAGUUUAUAAUAAGGAAUGCAAAGAAAACAUCUUACUUGACAGAGCUCAUUGACAGGUACAAGAGAUGGAAGGCUGAACAGAGCCAAGAUGACUCCAGUUCAGAAGAUUCAGACACAGAAACAGAUGGUCAAGCAUCAGGUGGCAGUGACUCAGGAGACUGGAUCUUUACAAUCAGAGAAAAAGAUCCUAAGAACUUGGAGAAUGGAGCAGUUCAGCCACAGGAACUAGAAAGAAAUAAGGUGAAAGAUAUUCCAAAGAGGCCUUUGUCUCAAUGCUUAUCUACAGUCAUUUCUCCUUUAUUUGCAGAGUUGAAAGAGAAAAGCCAGGCAAGUGGAGGCAACAUGGGAUCCAUUGAAGAAUUGAGAGGUGCAAUUUAUUUGGCAGAAGAAGCCUGUCCUGGGAUCUCGGACACCAUGGUGUCUCAGCUUGUACAGAGGCUUCAGAGAUAUUCAUUGAGUGGUGGAGGAACUUCAUCCCACUGAAGGUUUUUUUUGGUAUUUGGGUUUUUGUUUUUUCUUUUCCUUUCCUUUCCUUUUUUUUUUUUUUAAAUCAACAAGACCCUGUGGUGACUCCCCUGAAGCGGUAUGUGACUUACUGCAGGGAUCAUCCCCCAUGGCCAGAGGAGGGAGAGCUGUCCACAGAACAUACAUUCCUCAGUGUGCCACAGCAAGAUGAAGUCUCCCAUUUGGGUGGUGUAUCAGCUCCUUAAAGCUAGUUUUAUUUUGUUAUUGUUAUUAUUAUUGUUUUUAAUUUUAACCAUAGUGCAUAUAUUCAAGGGAAGUAUCUUUUUAAAAAAAACACACACAAAAACAAAUAAACCAACCCUGAAAUGUAUAUUUGGGAUUGUGAUAAGGCAACUAAAGAUAUUGUGAAACCUCAGGUAUCCUGCUUUAAGUUGAUAACUCCCACAGGAGAUGGAGAGUCGCUCUGUUGGAUCUGUGUACAGAUUUGUAUAUAAUGUCAUUUUUACUGAAACCCUUUCAGCGUGCAUAAAAAAAUCACUGUGUACAAAAUGGCCAAGUGCUUCUGUAGAUAAUAUUAGUGGAGUAAAUAUUUGACAGGCCAUAACUGAGUAUAUUGCCUUGCCUUUAUUACAUGUACAUUUUGAAUGAUGUGACCAGUGAUUUGGGUUUGAGUUGGUAUCUGCAGGAUUUGCCAUUGAAUAAUAAUUAUGCUCUCUUAUGGACAACUCCUGUUUGUACCUAAACAAAUGCAGAAUUUUCUUGGUUUUGACCCCCAUAUCUCUUUUGGUACACACAGAGGUUGCUUUUCAUUUUUUAAUGAUGGUACUAUUUCUCAGUGUUUUAAAUUGGAACGCGGCUAGCCUCGCAAAGCUUUAAAUUAUUUUUAAGUUCUCCUUUUGCCCCCAGAAUAAGUAUCUUCAUUUCACUUUGGUUUUAAAUUGUACCACUGCCAAUUUUGCACCAGAUGUAUCAUCCCUUUCAGUACUAUAUUCUGUUGAACCUUGUAGUAGAAUCUGAAUAUCAUCUUUCCCACCUAAACAUGUCUGAAUGCUUACAUGAAUAAAUUUUAUAUUACACCAGUUUUGAAAAAAAA